AUGCAUUUGGCUUCAAUAAAAGUUCUGGUAAUCUUUGCUGUUGUCAGUAAUCAGGAAGCGUUUUCCCGUCCAUUGACAGGUAUGUAUUUUUCUAUUUAAUACUUCCAAAGAUUUUCAACAAAAAGAGUUGCCAAGUAUUUUUUGCUUUUGUCUCAUCAAGAAACGCCCACCUUCGUCAAAGCGUCCUUGUCAUUUCGGAAAGAUCAUGGUAUUUUGUAGGAGUUAUCUAAAAAGUGGAUUAUCUCCGAAGCUAUCAGGGCCCAAAUACUAACGAAAGGUUUCAGAUCUUUAACUUAUGAUAGCUAUCCCCCUAUCUUUUUUCCCGAUCAACAUGAUACUCGCCAUGCACGGUACCGAAGUAACAAAUUGGUUUAAGGUCUGUUGCAGCUACGGUUGUACAUUACGAAGGCCCAUGUUAAUUUUGAUAAAUCUUUAAAGAGUGUAAAGUUUUUCAUGAUCCUUUUGUCAUUGAUAAUACGUAUUUUACAUUCACAACUCUUUUUACUCUCACGAUUAUCCAAUUGAAAGUUAAAAUGCGGGAAAAUUUUCUAAAAUUUCAAUGUGAAAAAUUCUGGUAACUAAGUGGUACCGUGCGAAGACCUGUGAAGCGGUCAUUUAUGUGGGAAUAGUUACACCAUAGGAUUACAGGAUUUCAAUCCCGGCCUAAAGGUCAUUAAUUGCACAUAUUCCGGAACUUGACCCAUUGAUUGAAAGAGUCUUUCUCUAAGGUAUUUUAUCUCAAUUCAAACUGUGCAAAAUAUUCUUAUACCACAUUACCUCUUGCAUCCUUCACUGUAUUAACUUUAGGCAACCAAGUAAUUGAAUUCAAGUACCCACUCAACCCUUAUGGUGGAACAUUGCAUAGACGACAACAAGUGGUGGCGGUUCCCCCGGUAACGACUUCCAUCUUAGAAGGACCCUACCUCCCUCCUGCAUAUGCUGAAAAUGAAUUAUUCGUCGGUCCUCAUGGAGUACCAAGCCCUCUUCAUCAUGGUUUCCCUACGUUUCCUGGCAGUCCAUUCUUUCAUCCGCUUCCACACCUUCCUCAUCGGGGAUUUCACAGCUCUUACCCACUUCCAGCAUAUCGUCCAAUAAUACCUUUUGGCCUACGACAUGGUUAUCAUACUCACUGGCCCCAUAUGCAGGUAUCAGGACCAGUUUUCUUGGCUGAUCCUAACGAUGGCAUGUACCAGGAACCAGUAACAGGAACACUUGUUCCUCGUCCAGUAUUACCACCACAGUAUCCGGGAUACCAUGCGGCUGGCACGAAUGGAUAUCAUUACCCAGAGUCAAUGCUCUUUGACGGUCAUGGAACAAGCUUUUUUCGUAAGAGUUUUGUUUAACAAUUUUUCCUUAAGAUUAAGUUACAACCAUUUGAUUCAAUUACAAUUGGCCUCAAAAACUGUGUAAUUAGGGUAUCAGACGAUCACAUUAGAAAAAAAGGUACUUGGUGAGGAAGUUAUAUUUGGAUUGCAAUAAUUUUGCCCACAUUCCUCCUUCCCUAUCCUUAAUUUUUACAGCAUUUUCUCUAAAUAUGAAAUGAAUCCGGAUUUAUUUCGUUUAGUUUUGUUUAAUUAGUGUUGCUUUUUCUUCCUAUAGCCGUUGAUGCUACUUCUGUGGAAGAUCAGAUUGUGGAUAACAACGCAAAUCUGCAUAGCUCUCCGCUUCAGGAUGUUGCUGAGAACAUGGCAGAGAUAAGGCGAGAAGAGGAACUUGAAAAACUAAAAUUAAUGAAAGCAAUGAAGGAGAUGAAAUCAAAACCCAUGGUCAAGAAGCCACCCAAAAAGUAG